AUGAGUGGUUCGACACAGUACUGUGAUUUUUGGAACGGUCAGAACGGUGGUGAGAGUGCAGGGUAUCAGAAAGGUGAUUGUUUCGGACAGGGUGGUUAUUUUGGGGGGUAUAAUGGGCAGAUUGGAUAUUCAGGUCAUGAAUUUAAUGCUUAUUCACCAUAUAAUUUCAUCCAAAACCACCACCUCCAACAACAACAAUCAUCCAACAAUUUCCCGGUACCAAUCAAAGAAGAACCUUCCACCACAUCCGCGCAACACCGCGCGCCUUACGGCAGUACUUGCCGCUAUAGUUCCCCCAAAACGAGCCGUAUUCAAAUCCGGACUGUACGCCGGACAAUUCCAACCAGCCCGCCACCGACCAACAUCAAUCAUCUUCAUCAACAACAGCAUUUCGCCGGUGCCUACGAUUUGGGAUUCGUGAAUGGCGAUCGGAGAAGAGGUACUAAUGAGGCUGCAGCAGCCGUAUCGCCGACGGGGUCUAUGAAAGAAUCGGAGGUAAAUGAAGGCUCUCUGGAUACGUCUAAAUCCAAAAAAGAAGAUUCUCCAGCAUUGAGAGCACUAUUGAACAAACCCACUCAUGAGAAAAUUACUUAUGACUACUCCACCUUGAGAAAAUCCACAGAAUCCGACGAAUCUCCCCAUAGGUACGUCUGUGGUGAGAAAGACGGCAGCAGCGCACCGGAUAGCGAGUACAGUUCUGACAACGUCGCAAAAAAUAUAUAUCCCUGGAUGAAAACCAAUGCUGAAACAGCUAACCAAGGUAGCAAGCGCACUAGACAAACCUACACUAGAUUCCAAACGCUAGAACUAGAGAAAGAAUUCCACUCAAACAAAUACCUGAACAGACGGAGAAGGAUAGAAAUAGCUCACAGCCUGUGUCUGACAGAGAGGCAGAUAAAAAUAUGGUUCCAAAAUAGACGAAUGAAAGCUAAAAAGGACUCAAAAUAUGGCUUGUCUUAUGACUUUACGUCGGCUAGUGAAGAUAUCAAUAUGAACCAGCAAGGUAGUAGCUUUCCAAGUAAUUCGAGUUUUAAGAAUUUCUAUAUGGGAUCACCUACAGGAAGUGCCAUAUCUGAAAACUCCCCUUAUGGUUUGGAGAUUCAAACGGGCGAUCAAGCGAGAAACCCCUUCUGCGUAAACGACCAAGAACUACCCCCACACUUAAAAAAUUUACCCAUACCACCAAUUUCACCGUGA